UCCACCUCUGAGACAGUGUCUCCAGCCUCUUACUUUGUCAGAUAUUUCAUUUCAGCCUACCAUGAGUGAAAUAUUUGGGCUUUUUGUCCUCGGAGCUUUGGCAAAAUUAAAUAAAAGUGCGCCCUGCCUUUGUUCGGAUAUCUUUUUAAAUAUUAACAAGUUGUCAUGUCAUCUCUGACUGGAAGAGGAGAGAGAUUUCCUGCCUCUGUGAGGGGACCACUCUGGAGCUCACAAGUGCAGCAUCACCCUGAGCCCCUCGGCUUUUCUGCAAGUAUUAACGGGAAGGACUGCAAGGAGCGCCCCACUCCUGAGGGUGCCGGAGGGUCCAGAGGUGACCCACAUCGGAAUAUGUGCCAGAGAGCAGACGCUGUCCCGUCGUACAAGUCCCUCCCUGGAUCCGUCGGAGACCGUAUCAGGAGUACUUUGUCCUUUGGCAGUGGGACAAUAUGUAGAGGCACCAUGUACGCCAACAGCGGCUUCGGGAGGUCCGACAGGAAAGUUGCGUGCUGCGAGAAGUGCUCAGCGACCCUUGUUGCUCUGAAGAAACAGGCUCUGACCCUGGCUGUGCACCAUCACUUCUCCUGCAAGGACUCCAGCGACCUGUCUGCGUUUCUCCACGACAACCUUUGUGUCCAUAGUCGGUCCACUAAUGAGUCCAGGGACAGAGAGAGGGAGCAGGGCAAGUGUGGAGCCUGCGGUGUAAACCUGAACCAGCUCAAACAAGAGGCGGUCCACUUGGCUCUGAGCAGGGGUCAGUCAUUAGCUAAGCCUCCCUUUGAACCCAGCUUUAGCACUGGCACACUGCUGGGACAAAGUGAGACAAAGCAUGGAGACAGAGCUCCAAGGGACGCUGCCACGGCUAUGCAUCAACCGCGCAGUCGCACCAACAGUCCACACAGCCCAAGAAGCCCGAGGACGCCUCAGAGGACCCCCCAAACCCUCAGACGGAGGGGGCCCAAGCUCCCCAACCCUGAUAUGGACCGCUGGGUGGAGGAGCAGCAGCAGCUGGUCGCUUCCAAAUCUGCGUCCAGUGCUGAUGGUGUCAGCACGUACCCUUACCAUAAGGCUGCAGAUGAUGCUACACUGGGCCGUAGUAACGCUGGGACUGUACAGACAAGCUCAAAGAUCCCUCACAUAUCCAGAGUGGUGACCAUCGCUAACACUGCUGCUAUGUCCCUUUUAGCCAGGGCAGCGGAGAAGCUCAACCUGACAACGAGGAAAAAAGGCCAGGCCUCUGAUCCAGCUCCCGCUCACUUCUCCACCUGCUUCAGGGAGAUGAUCCAGAAAAACCCACCGCCCGUCCCCUCCUGCCUGCUCCAAGCUGCCACUAGAACCAAAGACUCGCCCAGUGUUGGCAAGGUCAAAGUCGUGCUGAGAGUAAGUCCAACGCUGUCAGAGGGCCAAGGCCAACCACCUGUUCUUCACAUCGACCCGUCCAAAAAAAGACUCACCAUAAUGGAACCAGUGAGCAAAAGCCAAUCACACGCUACAAUGACACUAGGCAGGGAUGGCAAAAAUCUUCCCAAGACCUUCAACUUUGACGCUGCCUAUCCUCAAGAGUCAAGCCAGGCCGAGGUGUGUGCGGGCGUCUUGGCUGAUGUCAUCCGCUGUGUGCUCAGCGGCAGCGAUGGAUGUGUUCUGGGUUUGGGAUGUGCUGAUGUGGGCUCGUGGUCUAGCAUGGUGGGGAGUGGCGAGAGCAUCCAGAAGCUCGGACUGGUUCCCUGUGCCAUCUCCUGGCUGUACAGUGCCAUUGAGCGGCGGAGGGAGAAGACCUGGACCGAUCUGACUGUAUCAGUGUCUGCUAUAGAGCUCUGCUGCGGAGAGGAGGACACGCUGAGGGAUCUGCUGGGGGAGGUUGUGCCCUCAUUAGGAAGUGUCCAGAACAGCCCAAAAGCCCAUGUCAGAGUCCAAGAAGACCCUGUCUCUGGGAUACAGCUACGUAACCACAACCGGGUGAAGGCCCCCACUGCUGAGCGAGCAGCUUCCCUCCUGGAUGCAGCCAUUGCAGCGCGUCGGCACAGUGACUUCAUAACAUACCUGUCCCACAGCUCCAUAAUGUUCUUCACUCUCCACGUCCAGCCCCCGCGUACAGAAAGCAGCACCAUUGGCAAAGGUUCACGUGGCCCCACUAAGUUGACCAUGAUAGAUGUGUGUAGUGGUAUGAGGGGUAUGAGCAAGAAUAAACCUCCAUAUUCUGAACUGGGCCCUGUUGUGUUGUCUCUACUAAGUGGACAUAAAACCAUCCCCAGCAAGGGUAGUAAGUUGACUAUGCUCCUUCGAGAGGCCUUGGGUCACUUAAAUUGCCAUACCACAGUCGUCGCUCAGGUUGAUGAUUCACUGGCUCGCCUUCAAGAAACCCUAUCCACCAUCCAGCUGGCUUCUCGCAUCCGCAGGACGCAGAAGAGAACGAAGCAGUCCACUUCAUGUUCUCCUUGUGGGAGGAGUUUGACUAAAGAGAAGAGAGGGCCACCAUCUUUUUCCUUGCGGGCAUUUCACUCGACUGAUGAAGUAGAUGUCGAUGUCCCUCGUUUCCGUUUGCGUGGUGAACUGGAUGAGCGCUCCAGUAGUGACCAGUCCUGUGACACAGUCAUCCAAAUAGACUCAGAUGGCUUGGUCCAGUCCAAAGUAACCUCAAGACUGACACAACCUGAAUUUGUGCCCAUCAUACCCUCUUUGCAUCCUAACAAGGCUGACAUGGAUGACCCUGAGUUUACCGCUCUACUCCAAGAGCUUCUGAGAAUCCCUCAACUGCAAGGAGAGAAGAAAAAUGAGGAAACUCUUCAAGGGAAUAUUGAAAUGCUGAAAGCAGACACCAAGAAGCCAGGGAAGGACUGUCUUAAAUGUGACACAUUUGCUGAACUUCAAGAGCGCUUGGGGUGUAUCGAUGGAAGUGAGGCAACAAUGGAUGUGCUCAGGUCUUCCUUAAAAGGCCCGUCUGUUAAUAAUGUCACAGCCAAAUCACAACCCCACAAAGACACAGGGAAACACACAGACCCUGAAACAUCAGACGCACAACAGACAUUGUUGAAUCAGGGGUUAGGUUGCAGUCAGACCUCUGUCGGAGAAAAGCAAACAGAUGGUGCCUUCCCUGGAGACAGUUUUCAGAGAGAGGAUUCAGGCCUGUAUGACUGUGAGGAGUGCAGUGGAACCAGUUCCAGUGAGGAACUACUGAAUCAAACUCUCAGUCUUAACAUGACCUGUCGAUCUGAUCUGCCUAAAAAAGGAACUGUUAAGUCAGAGGAUAAGCUCUCUUCUCAGGACUUUGAUGUGGAUGCUCAGGGCAUGAACAUCAACAGUUCCCUUCAACCUACAGGUAAACAGGAGUGUCCUGAAGCUGCUGAUUGGUUCAAACCAGACAAAAGGACCUCACCAGUUGGCAAGAGCUCCCCCAUAUCUCCUUCCUCCUCCUGCUCCUCUUCAAACUCCUUGGCUACCAGUGUUAUACUUGGAGAUGUCUUACCCAAUCGCCCUGCAGAGGAUGUUAAAGAAAUGAAGGCCACUAUCACAGUAACUGUUCAACAGCCACUGGACCUAAAAGGUCAAGAUGAACUUGUUUUCUCUAUGGUGGAAGAGGUGACCAUCAGUGGAGCACUGGACAAAGGGAGGACAGGUGGAAACAUUAUUUGUAUCAGAGACACUGCCCAAUCACAGGCACAUGUGCAAGGCCCUGCCAGCUCUCAACCAAUCAGGAUAAUCAGCAAUGUCAGCGAAGAAUCUAUAGGCGCAGGUUCUUCUAAUACAAACAAAAGCUCUGCAGCUCAAGAUGUAGCUACAGAUGCUAGCACAGACAAGCCCCAGUAUCAGUUCAGAAGGGAAAAGAAGUUCUUACCUUCCUUUAUAAACCCCAUGCUGAUUAAUGCAGAUGUGGAUUGUGAAUUGAAUGUUAUGAAAGAAAAAGAAAGUAACCCUCAUAAUGCUUUUAUAGAAGUCAAGUCGGAGUCUGAGCCCAGACGGAAUAAUGCCAAAUGUCCAGAAGACAGAAAGGUUCUUGAAAAGAGAAGUGGGGCUUUUGCUUCUGAGACACAUGCCAAAAAGUCUGACAAAGUAUGUGACUUACCUUUUAGCCAAAGUUCUUAUGACCCAAAGGUCUUGAAAGAUUCAGCCUUUGGUGAUGAAACUGCAGAAAACAAAAUGUGUGGAAAGAGACAGAGACAUUCAGACAAGAGCCACCCUAGAGACAGGGAGCAUGUUUAUUCCACUAACACUCCAAAGGGCUCAGAGGGGGGAGAAAUCGGUUCCAGACGUGUUGGGAAUGCCCCCAAGAGAAUUGGUGUGUCACCUGGUUGCCAGGAAACCGCCUCUGCUUCCUUUAAAACAGGUAGUUUGCCUCGAGGCUGGCAAAAUGCCAACCACCAGGACAGCUACCAUGGCGUUCACAUGGCAGAGAACCACAGAGACCCAAGGGGGAUGACAUCAUCCACCCCGUGUAGCCCAAGAGUUACUCUGGAGAGGAGGCAGGGCAGACAGCACUCCCCAGUGAACCACAGCCUCCAUGUCUCUUCUCCUCGGAAAUAUGGAACUGAAUACAAACAGCAUGCUAGUAGUGCUCACAGAGAUGGUGUUGAAUCUUUGUUUGAGGCCUCAAAUCUGAGAAUGAAACAUGACAAUAUGAGUGGGAGGCCAAAGUCACCCACUGAGGACAGUAGCAGGCUUUUCAGUGCAAAACUGGAGCAGCUGGCUACGAGGACUAAUUCCCUUGGUAGAAUCCCUAGAGACUUCCCAGCCCUAGACAGAGGCGGUAGUAACACCUCAGUAAGCUCUAAGGGGAGCUCCAAGGGAAGUACUGAAGGGGCUUGUAAGGGAGGUUAUAAAGGAAAUAAUGAGGGGGAUUGUACCUUCCCAAGAUCUAGCAGGAGCCCCAGGAAGAAUCCUCGGUCUGACCAGAGUCAUCACUUCUUUCUCUCUGAAAACCCUGUAACUCAGUCUGCUAGGCAUAACCAUUCCAAGCUUUCUGCUGUGGGGAAACUCAAGAUGGCUAGCCCCAAAGUCCGUCGACUGUCUGUCCCCAGCAUCAAGAACCUCAGUCUUCCACACAAAAGCCUGCAACAGUCUAUCAACCGCAGUGCCAGUCUUUCUCCAGACAGCAAAACAGUUAGCUUUGAGCGGACGUCAUCCUUUCUGUCCUCUUCCCCUCCAAGGUCUUUUCAUUCAAUCAGUCGGACACCGAGCCAAAGCUCCACAUGCUCAUCCACAAAAUCUGCCAUUCAGGGGUUUAUAAACGGACGGAUCUCUGACCUUCUUAAGGAAAGGGCCUCCAGUCCCACCUCGGGAAGACUGGACCAAACGACCACAAUUCCAUCACCAUACAGCCAGGUGACUGCUCCCCGUAUGCCUGAUCAUCUGAGUGGGCAUGCGAGUGACACCACCAGUGUGUUGAGUGGAGAUUUGCCACCAGCUAUGGGGAAGACAUCCCUGAAUUUCUCUAACAGGAACAGUAUGGUGAGCAGUGGAUAUGACAGCAUGGUGAGGGACAGUGAAGCCACAGGCAGCGACAGGAGCAGCUCUCUUCUUAGUGUUGCUCGAAGCAGCCGAUCAUCCCGGAGGAGAGGCAACACAGGUCCUCACCAGCGUCGUCUUUCCCAUGAUACACCCCUGUCCCUGAGACGCUCGACUAGUGGUCUGCGGUCUGGCUGGGUGGAUCGGGGAAUCCCGGAGGCCUACGAGAUCAAGGUCUAUGAGAUCGACAAUGUGCAGAGGAUGCAGAAAAGAGCAGGUGCUGGCAAACAGGGGCCUGCAUGCUUCAGUGCCAAGCUGAAGUUUUUGGAGCACCGUCAGCAGAGGAUCUCAGAGGUCCGAGACAAAUACAACCACCUGAGGAGAGAGCUAGAGAAGGCCAAACACAACCUCAUGCUGGAGCCCACCAAGUGGAACCAAGAGUUCGACCUGUGGCAGACUUUCGAGGUGGACUCCCUAGAGCAUCUGGAGGCCCUCGAAGUGGUGACAGCCCGGCUGGAGAACAGGCUCAACCUCUGCAAGGCCAACAUCAUGAUGGUCACCUGCUUCGAUGCCGGCACCAGAAGAAGACAUAAGAAGCGACGGCGAAAAGCACCGGAGCCAAGAGCUUUGAAGGGAGUCUGAGUAGAAUCAUAGUGAGAAUUGUUUAGAGCACCCACCUCUUCCCCUCAGACUCUUGUGUUUUAUCGAGUGCACCUGGCCACCUGUCACUGGAAUGUUUUGGAUGAUAGAUUCAAACUCUGACACAAACUUUAAUGCACACUUUAUGGUCUCAACUACCACAUUACCUCUGGUCCCUUUGACUUAACAAGGUGCUACAGACUGAGGUCUUGCACAGUUACAUCUUACCUGUCUUCACAUGGAAGUAGAGGUCAAUAAAUCCAGUGGCAGAGCUUAAGUCUUACAGCUGGCAGGAAUUUUUCAGACACCUACAAAGGGCUCAUUCUUGAUAUAAUGCAAUUUCUGACACAUUUUGAAAUCUCAGAAAAAAUAUCACAACCUUUCUUUAGUGGCUUUCUAACUUGCUAUAAUGCCACUGUCACAGCUGUCCUCCUGUCCCAACUGACCCCAGUCUCCCCUACUUUUUUCCUGGUAUCUGUCAGAAGUCACAUUACAGACAUAAAAGUUCAUUAUUUGUCCUUUAAAUAAACCACCCAAAAAAAUUUUUUCUUUAAGCUUUGUUAUUGUUUUUUACCAUUGUACAAUAUAUUUACAGCAACCAGUUCAGCUCAGUGCAGCAUCUAAUGCUAACAAGACAUUUCACUGAGCUAAAGGGCAAAUAUUGUAACCUUUCCUCUCUGCCGAAUAUGCAGAUUAUAAAAGUUUUGCUUUCAGGUGAUAAAGGUGCAGACACUCUACACACACUACAUUAUUAGUGUUGGAUAUAACUACAAUAGAACAUUUGUGCAGGGUAACUCAUUGAGCAUUUUUGCCUUCUGUUUUGCAAUUUGUUAAUGGUCUCAUUUUGUUUGAAGCAACUCUUGGAAGCACUUGUUAGAGCACUUUGUGUUAUUUAGAAAACAUUUAACUACCUACACGUUACUGCGAUUUGUAUUUUUUUAGUCGUAUGUUUAAGUGACUGCUAUUAAGUGAUCAAAUUUACUAAAAAAACCUAAAGAAGUCUCACACUAAUGGACUGAUCUGCCUGCUCUUUCUUGAUCUUUGAUUUAGAGGAGGUUUAGCCAUCACAGUUAUUUUCAAAUGAGUGUUCAAAAGGGAAUAUGCCAUUCUGUAUAUAGAUUUUGGUGCUGAAAACAUCUAUGAAAAUACAUUGUUUAUUUCACAUUUUUGAAACUGUAAAUGUAAAAAUGUCUCCAGUAGUUCAAAGGAUAUCAGGUUGAGGCAAUUAUUAAGCAGGAAGCAAAGCAGUUUCUCUGUGAGCUGUGGAAACUGAGCUGUCUGAAGAAAUGAGUGAUGGUUUAAAGGGAUCGAUAGGAUCUUUUGAAGUUUGAAGUUGUAUAAAGUACUUAUCCAUAGGCAGUGUAUUA